AUGGCGUUGGAAAGAAAGCGGUCAGGACGUCGAGGUGGUUCCGUCCGACACCGAAAACGUCCGCCAGAGAACAAAUGCAAGACGUGUUGCAAACGUUUCACUGCUUUCAUGUUCUCUCACGUCGGUCUUUGCGGUUUAGUGGUAGGCUAUAGCAUCCUCGGGGCUUUUGCAUUCCGGGCUCUAGAGGCACCUUUCGAAGGAAAGAAGGUGGACGAAGUGAUGCACAAGAGGAUGGACACAGUCAAGAGAUUGUGGGCCAUCACGGACCAGUUGAACGUUCUAUACAAAGAGAACUGGACUAGGCAAGUAACGGAGGAGGUGAAAAGAUUCCAGGCUGACUUGGUGCACGCCAUUAAGGAAGGAUACGACGGCAAGGAAGGGAAUAACACCCAAUGGACUUUCUCAGGAGCCUUCCUGUAUUCUUUGACAGUGAUAACAACUAUAGGAUACGGCAACAUUGCUCCCAGAACCGGACCAGGGAAGAUCGCAACAAUCUUCUACGCCAUUAUCGGCAUUCCUUUGAUGCUUCUGUACCUCACCAACAUUGGCGACAUCUUGGCCAAAGCUUUCCGGUACCUCUACAGUAGAGCUUGCGCCUGUUGCGGCGGAUCCGGUGGUGGAGAUGCGGCUUCGGUGGAGGCUAGAAGAAGGCGCGCUGCUGAGUCGUGGAGGGUCCAGCAUAUUGUUGGGAACGCAUCAUCUUCCAGGCUCGAGAUAGACGAUAAGUUUCCGAUGGGUAUACCACCUCCGCCGCCGCCACCCAUAUCCCGUAUCACAGAAGAUGAGGUACGAAUUGAACCCAUUCCAGAUGAUAUGUACCGAGAUGAAGAUUUCAAUGGCAAAGCCCGCGUAUCCGUGCCCAUAACCUUAUGCAUGGUGAUACUCAUUGGCUAUAUAUCCGGCGGAGCUGUUUUGUUUUCCCUCUGGGAAGGAUGGGGGUUUCUGGAUGGUUCCUAUUUUUGCUUCGUCACCCUCAGCACUAUAGGUUUUGGUGACUUGGUGCCGGGUGAUUCAGUCAUCUCAGAUGGUGGGUCGCAAGAAAAAUUGGUGAUGUGUUCUUUGUAUCUACUUUUCGGCAUGGCCCUCAUUGCCAUGUGCUUCAACCUGAUGCAAGAAGAGGUCAUACACAAGGUCAGAGCUUGCGGCCGCCGGAUAGGAAUCAUCAAAGAUCAAGAAGAUGAUGACGACAUGGGAUGAAGGGAGCUUUUGCCGGAUUAUUCGCUCAAAAUUCUUCGAGGUUCCGGGCAUCGCUUCGCUCGGUUGAGGAAAAGGGUGGGCACAAACCGUGCUCGACAGAUACCGAGGACGAAGUUCUUUAAGUUGCGAGGAGACAUUUGAACGUUCUAAAGUCCUUUUGCGUAUUCAGUUGGGUUGAAUUCCCAGAUGAAGAAUGAAGAAACAGUUUUGAAAAAUUGAAUCUGAAAGCCAUUGUUUUUUAAACUCUUGAAACUUCGAAACAUUCGUUUAGAUCAGAGGUUCCCAAACUCGUUUGCUCCGUGGAUCACCUUUCUGUUUUUUCUGAUUUUCGUAGAUCCCCUUCAAGAGAUCUCUCCCAAAAACAAAGUAAAAUAAGGAAGUGUACCAUUUGCAUUUGAACUUCAAAACAGAGAUGUAAACCGUUAAGUAUUACCAAAGAUGUUAACAAACAUAUAGAUGAAAAACAUAUGUUAGAGAAAGUCACACGACAGCUAAAGAAUUUAACUUAUUUAACUUUUAAGAAAAACUUUCAGAAUUAUUUUUUACGAAUUUUUUUUGCUAUCACUUUAUUCUUUUUCAUUUACAGCCGAAGUUUCGUCUCGGGUGGAAAGAGGGUUGGGAAAAGACGGAGGAGGGUCCUUGCUGCUGGUAUAAAAUGUGCAAGUACAAAUUGUACGCACAAAGAUUGGGUGCGACACAAGAAUUAUAAAUCGUAUAGACUUAUUACAUAAGUAUUAUGUAACUAUAUUGGCGAGAUUUUCGUUAUAACUUGCUUAAAUAGGAUUCAAUCUCGUGGACUCUUAGUUGAAUCUCAUGUACGCUCAGUUUUUUCGUCCGUUGACAUGGACCCCUUGCCUUAAUCCAUGUGGGCCAUUUUGGGAACCACUGAUUUAGAUGAUUUAUUAUGAUUCCCUAUGCCACAUCUGGUCGAUAAUAACUGCGGGUAGUUUUUGGAAUGUAAGAUUGACAACUAGGGAAGAGUCAUAAAAAUUUUAGCUUACUCAUUGCAAAUAGGAAGUAGCUUUAUGUUUAUCUACAGGGUAAAUGAUUAGUUAUGGGUAUGGUUAAAGGUUUUUAUUUUAAACUAAAAAAUCGCCCGUCAAGGUAUGACGGGUGAAAAUUGCUUCCACAUUUGAACGAAGCAAUUGCCUGUUUGGUGAUGUUUUGAUAGUUGUAAUUUUGACCCUGACUCCAGUGGAUGAACCUUAAACUCCAGUAGAUAGCGUUCAUUGUUGACCCCUUUUGCGUUUCUUCAUUCUCCUAAAAUGAG